AUGAAGAUCAAUGCCAAGACGAUCCUGACCGUUCUGCUCGGACUCUCUCUCUCGGUCGAGAACCUUACCAAGGCUCAAGAUGUCCAGCCUGUACCCACUGGUGCGGGUUCUACUACUGGUACCACUAACACUGGUGCCACUACCACUCCUGAUCACCAAGACAUGGUUGCUCUUGCUGAUGGAUCCGAAGACACCAUUUUGGAUUCCAACGUGGACGUGGACGCCAUCUAUGAUACCAAUCUGGAACAAGGCCAAGGUGAAGACCAACAUGAACUUGAAGAUGAUCAAGCUGCUCAUGACACUGCCAAGCCUGCCAAAGCUACUCUCAGUGAUGAACAAGAUCUUGGCUCUGCCUUUGCCUCCACUGCAACUAGUACCGACACGGACCCUAACCCUGAUGCGACUCUUACCAACACCGAUAAAGAGGAUGCCACCGGUCUCGUUGCUCAUGCUAAUUCAAUCGAGUCCUUUCAGUUGAGGGCAGUAGCCUCUCUGGAUACACUCAAGAACCAGGUUGCUGACGCCCGGAUCAACGGGGACAAAUCGGACGUGGCAAGGGCCACUGCAAAUGCCAUCCGCGGCAGUGCCGCCUUGGUGGAAGAAGCCAAAGUGAAAUCACUGGCCAUGUUUGCCGACCUACAAGAACAGAAAACUACUGAGGAGUCCAAUGGCUGGUCAGCUCAGCUGCAGAUAAACUAUCAGUCCGCGAUGGCUCAAAUCAAUAGGGCGUUGAAAUUGUUUCCUAAGAUGAUUAGUUACUUGGAGGGUUCCUCGAGAGGGUCGAACGAGACGGAACAGACAGAGAAGAAACCACUCCCAACCAGCACACCCAUUGAAGAAAAUCAAGGCGAGUCAAUGGCGGAUAACACGAGCACUUAUCGCCGAGGUCUCCAAGACACAUCUCAGGCGCAAACGUCGCAAGAGAUCAAUUUGGAUGUCCCGCCUUCCACCUCGGAUUGGAAUAAGGCCACAUCUUCUGAGUCCCGCCAAAAGGAAAAGGAAACCUCAAAGCACCGCCGGAUUCUUCGCAGUCGGUUUGAGGGGAAUCAUCGUGCUCAAAGCCAUUUUGACCGUUUCACUAAGUUGCACGACGUCUUCCAGAAGGGAGACCAUGACGGUAUGAACCGUCAUUUGGGCCCGAUCCAGUCUCGCGCAACGCGGGCUCGCUCCCUGAACCAGAAUCAACGCCACCUUUGGAGUGACACCCAGAACGCCAAAGCACAACAGUGCGAGAUCUUGAUGGGAUGCAUUGGCAAAAUGUCCAUUUACGACAUGAUUCUUUUCUUCUACUCUGAUGAUAUUGACCCUAACAACGGAAAGAUAGAUGACAACAUUUACAUUCAUACAGAAGCUCCAGAUGUGUACGAAGUCUAUAACCAUGCCGACGUACAAAACGCACGCACACAGCUUCUCAACAACAGAGAUUGGACAUAUUUCCGUGGUUCUGGUCGACCUGCAUGGUGCGACAGGACGCUGAGGCUGUUCUCUCGAAAUGUGGAGUUUGGAGAUGUUCCACACUGGGAAGGUGGCACGAUCUCGGAUGUAUGUCAUGCUCAAGGCGGACACACAUAUGUCCAGUUGGAUCAGAUUGCAACAAAAGUUGGCUUCAAAGCUGCAGACGAGAUUGCCAAGGAAAUGUUCACGUGCUCCAAGAGGCUAUACAACUCUAAUGCCAACCCAAGGAAAUCCCCAUUUCCCUUUGUUAGGGAGCAAGAGGUUGGCAUUGAUACGGGAGCAUCAAGUGUGGAUGAAUAUGGUGGAAGUUCUGGAGGCGUAACUUCUGGUAUUUCUGGGUCAACCCAGGACAGCAAGUCCAAACUGUUUGACAGAAGUAUGUCUGGUAGUUCAGGUUGGUGGAAGUCCAGGGAUGGAACCAAAGGAUAUCCAAUGAGACUUAAAAUUAGGUCCGAUGGUCAGCAAUAUUGUGUGGAUUGGCACACCGGUAGUGACCAUGACUACCUUCAUGCAUACGAUUGUCAUAAUGGCAACAACCAGAAGUGGUACUAUGAACCAAGCACCAAACUGAUCAGGUCAAUGCAUGACAGUCAAAGCAAAUGCAUGGAAGCAAAAUCUCAGGGAGGCAAUGACAAAGUUUACAUGGCCACGUGCGACAGUGGCAAUAGCAGACAGCGAUGGACCAAGUAUGCCACUCAUGGGAUCAAGAAUGAGGGGAGGAACAAGUGCCUGGACAAACAAAGUGAUCGUGACAUAGUUGUAAACAAUUGCCACUCAGGGCAUAACCAGGAUUUCAUGGAGGUGGAUUACAAUGACUUUUUUUCAAACAUGAUACCCCCCAGCGUGGACUUCAAGAUACAACUCGAAUCAUUUGAAGACGGCGUUGAAUCAACCAAUCCGCUCAAAGCAAUUGAAUUGAAGUGGAGGAACGGCGAAGAAUGCCCCCAGUCAAAGCUUUCUUUGUGGGCUGGAUUUCAUGGAUCGGAAAUACCUUUUGAAUGGGGUGACACAAUUGUUUCGAAUGAUGGCACUGUGAAGACGAUGAACUUACUGCCAGUCUCGUCAACAGCUGCUAGGUUCCGAAUCAAAUGCAACAACCCAGACAGACGUGUUUCUUUGUAUGAGAUCCUUGUCUUUGGCAUCAUCGAAGGAGGAAAUGGAGAAGCCCUGCCUCAGUUCGAAGGUGCCUAUGAGGAAUCGUUCUUUGUGCCUACUGGCAUUGAGACCGAGAACAGUCGUGAUGAUUAUGGUCAGGUAAAAGAUGAUACUGUGACACUCUACAAGUAUGAGGAGGGUCGUGUGGUCGAUGGGCUUGAGGAAGUCCAACAUGACAUGGUGGGGACCUACAAAAAGGUCUGGGACAAUUGGCUGCAGCAUGACGAUGAUAAUCUGAGGAGGAAGUUACGGCAAACUUAUUUGAGCCCAUAUCCCUUGACGAGCAAGCACUAUGACAAUUCAGAUUUCUACAUGGGGCUUGUCGGAGAGGCGGAGUCCAAUGAUGACAUCCACUACCAGAUAGUCAAAGGCUUUGCCCAACACCAUGGCAGGUCCUACAGUGGCGAUGCUUUUGAGGAUCGUGAGAAGGAGUAUGAUCGGUUCAAUGACAAAAUUAGCAGCAAGUAUGCUUCUGUUCAGAGGGGCAUCAACCUCGUCUUUGGAAAGGAUGCUUCUGUGGGUUAUAUCUGUGGCGUCGACGGUGUUGUUAAUCGUCUUGGUGGAGAUAAGUUCCCUGGUACAUGCUGCUUGGAUGCACCAUUUCAAAACCCUGGUGGUGAAUGGGGGAGGGAGUUUGACUGCUCAAUGACCUGCAACGAACGGGCUUCCUUUUUCAGUGGGCUCAGUGAAGAGAGUUGUUCAGCUGUUGGUGGUACCUGGUGUCCAACUGCAACAGAUUGCUCAGUCUUGAAAGAUUGUGUUGAUCAAGAGAUGACUAGAGCUGAGAAUGAUGGGAAGUUGUCCUACAAAGCCUACCUAGAACCAGGUGCUGUUGAGAAUCCAAAUGACUUUGAUGAUUGCGGUGAUUCUCGGGAAUAUUUUGGCUAUGAUCCUCUCUACAAGAAUGACGAUGAUGUGUGCGCGAACAUCAAGCAGCUUCACAAUACCAAAGAUUUUGGGUUUCUGGAUGAGUUCUAUUCUCAAGGAUCGCCUGCUGUAGAUCCUGGCAGAAUGGGUGGUGGUGGCUAUGACAGCAACUAUCAAACAAAUGCCAACGACUACACCCACACCAACAUCGAUACCACGGAGUGGGAUGAGCUGUUCAAUGUUGACAAAAAAUGGUCGAGAACGAACUUGGUACAAGAUGCUGGAGUUUCAGGUGGUCUUUUGUUUGCCCUGGGGUUAGCAAGGACUUUUGUUCAAAGCGCUGUUGAUUUAACUGCAGACAUUGAAUGUACUUCUGAAAUUUCAUCUAAUAUUGGUUGUGUGACUGUUAAGAAUUUGGGAUUUUUGGUUCUUCAUAUUGUUUUGAUCGCCCUGAACUUUGCUUAUGACGUUUGGGAGUUUUCUAUUGCCGAAACAACAGAAAUUGGCAAUGUUGGGCCCAUUGAGGCCUGGGAAAUCCUGCAAGUGCAACACAAGAACAACGAGAGAAUGUAUGAGGGCAUGCGAUCAUCCUUCGAAGCUACGGCCAAGGUUGACAACAAUCUGGAAGGUCUUGGUGAUCUUGUUGCUUCGUUGGUAGGGUUCCUUGGCAAUGAUGAUGAUGACAGCAAUGGUAAAGUCAACAUGAUCAUUUCAAAGCUUUCAAGCCUCGAAGAAACAUGCCAGGGCAGGCGUGCUCUGAUGGAUUCGAGCCCUUCUACUGCCAUCACAACCAUCAUUUCAAAGCUUUCAAGCCUCGAAGAGACGUGCGAGGGCAGGCAUGCUUUGAUGGAUGUGAGCCCCUCUACUGCCCAAAAUGCCGGUUGUGAUGGCAAUGACCAAGAUGGGGAUGGAGUCAUUGACAAUUGUGAAGAAGACAAAUUCCCACCUUCGGUGCUUAUCCACAAAUCUCUUCUGAAGUUAAAAGAUGAUGGAGCGACAAAGCAUGUUCAAAGCGAGGUUUUCAGUUCUACUGAUGAGGCAGUCGCCUCUGUACGUGGUGCUUUGUCAGUUGUGGAUGACUGUGCUGGGGCGAAGGAUUUGGUGCUGAAUGUGACUGUCAAGGGAAUCAGUGAGUGUCAAGCUGUUGUAUCGGCUGCUCCUAUCCAAUGGUGCAAUGAUGCUCCUGUUAUUGGUAAGAUUGAAGAAUUCUCGGUCCGUGUGGACACCAAACCCCCUGUGAUUAGCUGUGGCUUCCAGGCUUCAACUGCGCCGGACAAGAAGAUCCUCUACGUGGAAGAAUUGCAUGAAUUUUUUGAUCCUGGGUUAUUUCUCCAGGUAGAAGAUUCCUGUUCUGACGAGGUCCAUGUGGAUGUGUCCAUUAAGAGCAACGAAUUGGACAUGACUGGCCCCAGUGCCAUCCUCUCCCUCGCCAAUAUGAAGAACACCACCCAAACAUUCCCAAAGCUCUUUUUGAACCAGGCUACCUGCUCCAACACCCAGAAGGCUGGCUUCUGCCAAGAUAGUCCCAUUGGUAGCCGUGUCUAUGAGGUUGCAGUGACAGCCACAGAUGCUGCGGGCAGGUCUGGAUCUGAUACUUGCAAUGUGAUUGUUGCUCCCAUGAAAAUGGCAAGUGAUGAGAGAGAGCUUCUCCAUGACGGCCUGAGUCUGGAGAAAGGUUCUAGGAUGGUGGAGGAGUCCGGUGCCCAGAACCUGCUCGAAUCGGUUAGUUUUGUGCAUCACUUCUAG